AGCGGCGGCGUCAACCAUCAACAGCGAAGACUUUACAAACGGAUAGAUGAUAACUUGUGGGACUUCGAACCAGUGCGAUCACAUCCCGGCUGCUUUUUGCGAUUGCUUUCCUGUUCCUUCCGGAAAGAGAAACCGAGAAGACCAUGAUGGGCAGAGACAUCAUCCAGAGGAUGAAGGAGGUAGCUGGUUUUGGCAGUUCUACAUCAGACACAGGAAAAGGGAAGAGCAAACAAUCUGCUAGGCGCAUCACUCACGGGUUUCAUUUGGUUAAAGGGAAAUCUCGUCAUGCCAUGGAAGAUUAUCUCGUGGCACAAUUUAGGCAGGUGAAAAAUUCUGAAUUGGGAUUAUUUGCAAUAUUUGAUGGCCAUUUGGGUCAUGAUGUGCCGAAUUACCUAAAGGGAAACCUGUUUGAGAAUAUUCUAAAUGAGCCCAACUUCUGGACGAAUCCAGAGGAGGCAGUAAUGAAGGCAUACCAGAUGACUGAUGAGACAAUCUUGGACAAGUCAGGUGAAUUGGGCAGAGGGGGUUCAACUGCUGUCACAGCUAUCCUGAUUGAUGGGGAAAAAUUAGUAAUAGCAAAUGUAGGAGACUCUCGUGCAGUUUUAUGCAGAAAGGGUGCGGCCAAACAGCUAUCUGUUGAUCAUGAACCUGACAAAGAACGCAGUGAAAUUGAGAACAAAGGCGGUUUUGUUACACUUUUACCAGGAGAUGUUCCGCGCGUUGAUGGACGUUUGGCAGUAGCACGGGCUUUUGGUGAUAAGAGCUUAAAGAAACAUCUCAGUUCCAAACCCCAUGUUAAAGUUCAGAUGAUUGACAGUAAUGUGGAAUUUUUUAUACUCGCCAGUGAUGGAUUAUGGAAGGUAAUGACAAACCAGGAGGCAGUGGAUGCAAUAAGAAAUAUAAAAGAUGCACAAACAGCAGCAAAGCGUCUGACAGAAGAGGCUGUCUCAAGAAAGAGCAAGGACGACAUCUCAUGCAUUGUUGUACGUUUCCACUGAUCUUCCUUCAUGGCUUGGUCCGAACCAAUCUGUAGGUAUCUUGUAAUGAUAGCUCAUCGAUAAACAAUUGUUGGUUUGUGUUACUUUUGUGAUCAUCUUAUUGUUGCAGAUAUGCAACGAACUGAACAGUGAAUUCAAAUGUAUCCAAGUCCUAUGUAAACCUAAGAAAUACAGUACUGCCAGUUUGGACUAGAUAAAGUAAAAAAGAGUUUCUUUGUA